ACUGCUUGGGGCCUAUCUACCGGCUCCAGGUCUGCAGCCUCCCCCUACUCGAUUUUCCGGGGAGUCUCGUGGGCCCGGGCCGUACGAAAUCCCAUUAGAGACGCUAAGGAUGCAUCUUCUAAAUGGUUUUACUGCUCAAGAGAUCGCGAACUUAUUCGUAGCGAGCGAGAGAACCAUCAGACGGAGGAUGAAACAGCAUCCUUUGAGGGUUUCUGAUCUGUAUUCAACUAUAAGUGAUGCAGAACUUGACAGCACCAUUGAGGAAAUACAGAGAAUGUAUCCAAACUCAGGGUACAGAAUAAUUCAUGGUCAUCAAGCAAGAGGUCUCCAUGUUCAAACUUCAAGAGUCAGAGAAUCUGUCAGAAGAGUAGAUCCUCAUGGAACAUUGAUGCGAGCGAUGUCAAUGCGAACCAUAAGGCCACGUCAGUACACCGUGCCUUUUCCCAAUGCUAUGUGGCAUAUUGAUGGCAAUCAUAAACUCAUCAGAUGGAGAUUGGUGAUUCAUGGUGGAAUCGAUGGUUUUAGCCGACUAAUAGUUUAUCUUUCCGUGUCUCCAAAUAACCGUGCAUCCACUGUGCUCAGCAACUUCAUAUCUGCUGUUAAUCAGUAUGGUAUCCCAUCAAGAGUCCGAUCUGACAAACGUGGGGAGAAUAUAGCAGUUGCUGAGUACAUGGUGGCACACAGAGGAGAAAACAGGAAUUCUCAUAUUACAGCAAGGAGUGAACACAACCAGAGAAUUGAGAGGCUUUGGAGAGAUGUGUAUGAACAUGUUUUAAGCAUGUUCUAUCACAUCUUCUACAACAUGGAGACAGAGGGAGUACUCAAUCCAGAUUCUGAGAUUGACAUUUUUGCUCUUCACUGGAGUUUUUUGCCUCAACUGGAGAGGCAUCUUGCCUUCUUUAAAGAUGCCUGGAACAACCACCGCAUCAGAACUGCUGGGAACCAGUCACCUGUCCAGCUUUGGUUAAGACACAGUGCCAACAAUACUGAUGACACCAUUCAAGAUGAAAAUUAUGGGAUCGACUGGGAUGGACCCCCAAGUCACGAUAACGAUGGAGUACAAAUUCCUGAAGUAGCUCUACCUCGACAACUAACUGAAGAGGAAUUGGGUAGUCUGCCGAAUCCUAAUGUGCCGUUUUCAGAAGCAAUUGACACCUACUACAACACAAUCACUAAAAUUCACCAAUUAUUGGACAUUUUGUAAAUUACCGUAUUUUAUAGCAUUCAAGAUGUUGGUACAAACUCUCCAGCCAGUUUAUUGUACAUUGAUUCAAUAAACCUAACAAAACACUGCAUUAUUAAAUCUGAAUAAAAUACUUUUAUUAGUCUGACAUUUCAGACAUUUCAGAACAAAACAGUAAAUUAAGUUAAUUUACCACUGUAAUAGGACAGAAAAUAUCAUUUAUAUGUAAUAUAAAAAUUACUCUUUCAAACUAGGGUGCAAAACAGUAUUUUUUUUGUUUAACCGCAAACAUGCACCACUAGUUACAGCCAAAAAAAAAAAAAGCAAACCUGUAGUUUUAUCUGUGACCUUUAGAUAGUGUAACUUGAAGGGUGAACUAUAACUUUUACUCUGAAAGUUACUUAAACUGAAAUUACAUAUUAGUACACAGAACGAUAAUUACACCAAACCAAACCCACCCUCUGUGGAUGAUACAGCAGCUUUCAGGUCCUUAUGGAAACUCUCAUAAGUGCUAUAUUUUGCUGGGAGUUUAAUGGUAUUUCUACAAGUAGAUGCAGUUGGCAUUGCAACAUCAGAGGACAGCUCUACAUGCAGAUUCUGAGGAGGAAUUCCCCAACCCACCCAGAACUGAAUGAGUUGCAUCAGCUCUUCUGGUGUACCUGUGUAAAAAUAGAAAUCUUCAAUCAUUUGUAAUUUUCAGAGUGAAUUAUUUACUAAAAGUCUGUUCAAUAAUAUAAUACAAUUAUAUUACAUUGUGUUGUUUCAGAAGACUUAUGAAUACAACAUGGUGUACAUACCCUUUUCUGAGUAAAAAAAAUAAA